AUGAUUAGUUUUUUUGGUUUAAUUUUUAAUAAAAAAAGUAUUUUAAUUAUUUUGAUUGCAAUUGAAUUAAUGUUAUUAUCUGUAAAUAUUAUGUUUAUUGUAUUCUCUAUAUAUUUAGAUGAUAUUAUAGGUCAAAUUUUUACUAUAUUUAUUUUAACAAUUGCAGCUGCUGAAACUUCUAUAGGUUUAUCUUUAUUAUUAGUUUCUUAUAGAGUUAGAGGUAAUAUUUUAAUUGAUAACUUUAAUUUAUUAUAUAUGUACUAA